GAAGUGUUGGAAAGCGAUAUUUCUCGGUGGUGAAAAAUAGUGAAAAAGGCGGCGGAAACAAUUUACCUUUUAAAUGAUCAAAGCUUUAAAUCUGAAAACUAGCCAACCUAGAUCCAGAAGUAACUCGCAACGAAUAGCCCAGGUGGCCAAGUCUAGCAAGCCAGGGGACUCAUUAAGUAUUCAGGGUUGGAUACGUAACGUUCGCAAACUGAAGAGUCACACAUUUCUAGACAUCAACGAUGGAUCCACAAGUACUAAAUUCCAGGUGGUGGUGCCCAAGACUCCGGAAAACCAGCAUCUAGCGCCCGGCAGUGUAAUAUCGGCGGAGGGACAAAUCCAGGUGGCUCCUAAUGGCAGCUAUGAAUUGCAUGCGAGUCAUGUGGAAACGCUGGGUAAUUGUCUGAUGGACAUCUUCAAGAAGGCUAUCCCUUCGCACCAAAACAAAAGCUUCCGCCGGAGUACGUCAGAGAGCACCUUCAUCUUCGUUCCCGCGUGGAUUACAUAGCUGCUCAGAUGAGAAUCAGACAUAAGGCCCAAAAAGCCAUUCACGACUACAUGGAUGAGCUUGAUUUCGUUCAGAUCAAUACUCCCCUCCUGACCACCAAUGAUUGCGAGGGAGCGGGAGAGGUAUUUCGGGUUCAACCGGACUCCGAGGCGUUGUUGAAAACUAUGGCCAAGCCUAAUGUUCCUGCCGAGCAGAGUUACUUCGAUGAAAAGGUUUUCCUCAGCGUAUCCGGCCAAUUGCACCUGGAGGCCAUGACCUAUGGCUUGGGAAACACUUACACCUUCUCCCCAGCAUUUCGAGCUGAGAACUCUAAAUCUCCCCUCCAUUUGGCGGAAUUCUAUAUGUUUGAAGCAGAGCUCUCCCAUCUAAAAGAAGUGGACAAGUUAGCCGCAUUUAUUGAGCAGAUGCUCAAGUCAAUAACGACUAGGUUACUGGAAUCGAGCUCAGAUGAUCUUAACUUCUGCCAGCGAAACGCCAACGCAUCCUCUGACCUAGCCUGGUUGAAUGUGCCGUGGAAGAUAGCCAGCUACGACGAAGCUCUCCAAAUCUUGCAAGACAAUGCGGAUAGCCUGAAAACGCCCAUUAGCAUUCAGGAUGGGUUCUCCAAAGACCAGGAAUUAUUUUUAGUUUCUCACUUCGCUGCUCCAGUUUUCGUUGUGGAUUGGCCGGCUCAGCAGAAACCCUUUUACAUGAAAGUUUCAAGAAGUAACCCUAAUAGAGUCCAUGCUUUGGAUCUCUUGAUGCCCGCUGUAGGAGAGCUGUGUGGUGGAAGCCUCCGCGAAAGUGAUCCAAGCGUUCUAAGUUCCCAUCCACAGCUGCCGAAAAAUCUUUCCUGGUAUGUGGACCUUCGAAAGUACGGCGGAGUCCCAACUGGAGGCUUUGGAAUGGGCUUCGAACGUUACUUGCAAUUAGUUACAGGCGUUAAAAAUAUCAGGGAUGUAAUACCCUUUCCCAGAUAUCCUCAUAGCUGCAAGAUGUGAUCUGUUCUACGUGCAAAAUAUUUUGGUCUUUAUUAUUGAAAAUGUAAUAAACUUUUAUUACUUAAGAA